AGUCGCUGUCCAUCUUCCGCAACACCACGCAGCGGAGUGCGGCUUUUCCGUGUUUCCCCCUUUCUACUGCGCCCACUUUCCAUUAUUGACCCAUUGCAAACGCACCAGCUCCUCGACGGAAGGAAGGACCGCAGAAACAGCAGCAGCAGCAGCCAAUACACACACACUCAAAGUUUCUUUUUCUUCACCCCACUUCUCAUUUCUUCACGCUCGUCGCCUUCGUGCGCCGCUUCUUCGCUGCAAUGGGCACGGUCGGUAGCAAAAUAUCAAGCGCCGUCAAACCAAGCGCGAGCAUCGCCGAUGUGAACCCCGAGUUGGACUACCGCCUCAAGAACCUGAAACGGCUGAAGGAUGCGUUGAAGCUGCUGAAGGACAACUUAGCGAAGGCGAUGACGAACAUGGAGGGCACACCGCAGCGUUUGAAGGAGGUGGGGGGCGGCUACUCCGCCGUGACGGCCUGUAUGAGCUACAGCGGCGGCGGCGGUGUGAGUGGAACGCGCCGUGCGAUGACGGGUGCGGACACGUCUCCUUACGGAUCGAAUGAAGUGAGUACGGUGGCCGUCCGUCAAGACGAUGCGUCAGAUCCUGUCACCGCCCCCGCUGCUGCCCCGGCGUCUGCUCGCAUGGACCGCGAUCUGGCCGCGGAGGCCCUCAGCGCGUCCAAGAAGUUCUGCGACGCGAUGGAGGCCCUUAGCACCAAGGUGUACCCGAAGUACAGCACCACGCUGCAGCGCAAGGGGAUGGAUGAGGUGAAUAAAUUGAUCGCCCUGCAGGCGCGUGUGGCGACACAGGGGAAGAAGACUGUGGACUGCAUGUUCAGGCGCGAGAGCGCCCGCAAGAUGGUGGCCGCGAGGGAGAAGGCAAACUCCAAGAAAGGGAAGGACCUCAUGAUGGACGAAAAGCACUCCACGCUCGUCUCCAACCGCGACAGCAAGGAGAGGAUCUACCAGACGGAGCUGGAGGAGUUUGAUGGGCAGUACGAGGACCUCAUGGCUCAAACGCAGAAGUUUGCGGCCGAGUCGACGGAGGUCUUUUUGGACACGGUGGUCGAGUACUACCGUGAGAUAGCGGAGACGAUUGAUUACAUCGACACCCCGACGCGUAGCCGGACGCGCAGCCGCUCCGCCCCCGCUAACGUUGACUCGACAGGCAACGCGAGGGUUGAGUUCACGAGCGACGCCAUGUGGGCCGAAAUUGAGGCCCCCGAAAAGGUGAGUUAG